UACAGGGAUCCAUCUUCACACCACUGCCAACUUCAACCAGCCUUACUUCUACCUGAAUGGAAAUCUGUUGAGAACUUACAGCAGCCCUGAAAACGAAGGACAGCUUUUGAAUUCCUUUGUCCAGUAUUUUGGUGACAGCCUUGGGAGGAAGAUUAAAAGAAUGCCUUUAAUUGAAGAAACUGUUCUGCCUGGAGACUCCCUCCUUACUCUGCCUGUAGUAAUAAUAGGAAAUGGACCUUCAGGAAUUUGUCUUUCCUACCUGCUUUCUGGAUACAGGCCCUACUUGUCUCCUGAAGCUAUACACCCAAACCCUAUUCUACAUACGAAAUUAGAAGAAGCUCGACAUCUUUCCAUUGUUGAUCAAGAUCUGGAGUACCUGUCUGAAGGCCUCGAAGGACGCUCCUCCAACCCAGUUGCAGUGCUUUUUGAUACACUGCUUCAUCCCGAUGCUGACUUUGGGUAUGACUACCCCCCUGUUCUGCAUUGGAAGCUAGAACAACAUAAUUAUAUUCCCCAUUUAGUGCUUGGAAAAGGACCACCUGGUGGGGCUUGGCAUUCCAUGGAAGGCUCUAUGCUAACCAUCAGUUUUGGAGAAUGGAUGGAAUUGCCGGGCCUCACCUUUAAGGACUGGGCAGCUAGCAAACGCAGAAAUAUAAAGAGUGAUCGAGUAAUGCCAGAGGAAAUAGCUUGUUAUUAUAAACACUACGUUAAAGUCAUGGGCCUCCAAAAGAAUUUCAGAGACAAUGUUUACAUAACGUCAGUGUCAAGGCUUUACCGAGGAGAGGAUGGUGAAGACAGAAGUCAACAAACUGAAGAUAUUUCAACACAGCAUUUGGAAAUGGAAGAUGGACAGAAAUCACUUACUAAGAGAAACUGGGAAGUCAGGGGUUAUCAGCGAGCAACAGAUGGUUCUCACGUGCCCUUCUGUCUCUUUGCUGAGAACGUGGCUCUUGCCACAGGAACCUUUGAUUCUCCUGGCCGGCUACAAGUUGAAGGCGAAGACUUUCCUUUUGUCCUCCAUUCCAUGUCUGACUUCGGAGCUGCAAUCAGCAAAGGGAAGUUACGUGGGAAGGCAGACCCUGUGUUAAUUGUGGGUGCUGGACUUACAGCAGCUGAUGCAGUACUGUGUGCCUAUAACAACAACAUCCCAGUAAUCCACGUGUUUCGUAGAAGAGUUACCGAUACAAGCCUCAUUUUCAAACAGCUACCUAAAAAGCUUUACCCUGAAUACCAUAAGGUCUAUCAUAUGAUGUGUACUCAGUCCCAUACUGUGGACUCCAAUCAACAUUCUGCUUACACGAGUUUCCCUGAACACAAUGUACUUUCCUUUAAGCCUGAAAUGAAAUGUGUUCUUCAGAGUGCCUCUGGACUGAAGAAAAUUUUGAAGUUUUCUGUAGCCUUAGUUCUGAUAGGUUCUCAUCCAAAUCUUUUCUUUCUAAAGGACCAAGGACAUAGCAUAGGUCAUCACUCUAAUCAGCCCAUCACAUGCAAGGGGAAUCCUAUAGAGAUUGAUCCCUACACUUAUGAAUGCACUAAAGAAGCCAACCUCUUUGCUUUAGGUCCUCUGGUAGGAGACAACUUUGUACGGUUUUUAAAAGGAGGUGCACUGGGCAUUGCACGAUGCUUGGCAAUAAGACAAAAGAAGAAACAUGAGUUGAUUGAAAGUGGGGAUGGUGGAGGUGACGGGGUACCAUAAAUGAGACACUAGAAACUCUCACAUCCAGGAUUACAGGUGUAGUCUAACAGAAUACUCACUGGCAGCGAGAGUCGAUAGCAGUCACGUUUCUGUUGUGUACGAGUAACCUGCGCUUGUGUUGCUUGGUAAAGGAUGCUGAUACCACAAUACUUCACCCUUUCAAAAUACAAAAUAUUGAUCUGCUCUUUCAACCAAUCUACUCAACUGGAAUUACUUCCAGAUAAACAGAAAAUGAGACUAACUU